CCGGGCCAGCCCGGGUUGGUUGAACAAAAAAUGGCAACGUAUGGUGAGGAGCCAGUGGACAGCUACUUCUACUCAUCCUACAACCCCUACGCGGGCAGGUACCCCCGGGGCAGAGACGCGGGGUGGAAAUACAAGAGUUACCUCUCCCAGUAUGGAGACUCUUCCGACGCCUUCAACAACCAUCAGCGCGCGCAGCUGAAGUCCAUCCUGUCCCAGAUCAACCCCAAACUCACCCCGAGGCUCCGGAAGGCCAACACCAAGGACGUGGCGGUGCAGGUCAACCCCCGGAGGGACGCCUCGGUGCAGUGCUCCAUCGGCCCGCGGACUCUGCAGGCCAUGAGGCGGGACCUGCAGCGCAGGAGGAGGCCGGAGCCGCCGGCGCCUGGGGCGGGCAGUCCGAAGGCUGCAGGCGGGGUGAGAUACCCCCGCACCCUGGCCGUGUAUUCACCCAUAGCUUACAGAAGCGUCACCUCCUUCCUGGUGGAGGACGGCAGCAACAAGGAGCAGCAGCAGGAGGACGAGGCCUCCGGUGAGGCGCUGCACACUGCGGAGCCCGCUGGGGACCCGGAGAAGGAAAACGGCCCUGCGGAGGACGGAAAGGCGGCAAAGCCUCUGGAGCUGGACAGGAAGGUGGAGAAGCUCCAGGUGAGGAGCGAGGGCGCGGAGGAGGCGGCGGGCAAGGCGCGCGUGCGCUUCCAGUUUCUGGAACAGAAGUACGGAUACUAUCACUGCAGAGAAUGCAACCUCAGAUGGGAAAGUGCCUACGUGUGGUGCGUUCAGGGCACCAACAAGGUUUACUUUAAACAGUUCUGCAGGAAAUGCCAGAAGGACUUCAACCCGUAUCGUGUUGAAGACAUCACGUGCCACACCUGCAACAAGGCGCGCUGUUCCUGUGCCAUCACACAGCGGCACGUCGACCCCAAACGGCCGCACAGACAGGACCUGUGUGGCCGCUGCAAAGGCAAGCGGCUGUCCUGCGACAGCACGUUCAGCUUCAAGUACAUCAUCUGAGCGGCAGGAGCGCCCUGAGCACAAUCAAGACUUUAUUUUUUUGUUUGAAUCUGGAAUCAAUGGUCUGCCGUGAAAUAAAUGAUUACCCUUGCAGUUCCUA